GCUUCCUUGAGGGGUAGCGCGAGUUUCGACGCGCACGGUGCAGAGCCAUUCAUCUCUAAAUAAAGUUGUGCGUUUUCUGUUGUGUUGACAUUUUGUUCACUAGUUAAUAGCUGUGAUGAUUUCUUUAAAGCGAGAAAGGGAGCCUGAAGUAGAUGAUGAUGACGAUGAUAACGAAAACGGCGUGACAGUCAAAAUCAGACGUGGACGUGUAGUAGAGGAUCGCAGAAGCCGUCACUGCCCUUACUUGGACACAAUAAACAGGAGUGUGCUGGACUUUGACUUUGAGAAGCUCUGCUCGAUUUCUCUGUCCCACAUCAAUGUAUACGCCUGCCUUAUAUGUGGGAAAUACUUUCAGGGAAGAGGUCUGAAGUCUCAUGCUUACACUCACAGUGUCCAGUUUAGCCAUCAUGUGUUUCUCAACCUGCACACGCUAAAGUUUUACUGCCUGCCAGACAACUAUGAGAUCAUUGAUUCGUCACUAGAAGACAUAACAUAUGUGCUGAAGCCAACUUUUACCAAGCAGCACAUUGCAGGGUUGGACAAGCAGGGUAAACUUUAUCGAGCUUACGAUGGCACAACGUACCUGCCAGGCAUUGUAGGUCUCAACAACAUCAAAGCCAAUGACUACGCCAAUGUGGUCUUACAGGCUUUCUCCAAUGUUCCACCUCUGCGUAAUUAUUUCUUGGAGGAGGAAAACUACAGAGGAAUCCGAAGGCCACCAGGGGAUAUAAUGUUCCUCUUGGUGCAAAGGUUUGGUGAACUGAUGCGCAAACUUUGGAAUCCAAGAAAUUUCAAGGCCCACGUUUCUCCUCAUGAGAUGCUGCAGGCUGUGGUGCUUUGCAGCAAGAAGAACUUCCAAAUUACCAAGCAAGGAGAUGCUGUGGACUUCAUGACAUGGUUCUUAAAUGCCCUUCAUGGGGCUCUUGGGGGCACAAAGAAAAAGCCAUCUAUCAUUACAAAAGCCUUUCAAGGCUCGAUGCGGAUCUUCUCCAAGAAACUUCCACACCCAGAUUUAACCCCUGAGGAGAAGGAGGCAUUGCUUGUAACAGAAGAGUAUCAGGAACAGAUGUCUGAAUCCACCUUCCUGUUUCUCACACUUGACCUCCCAACAGCUCCACUCUACAAGGAUGAGAAGGAGCAGCUUAUAAUCCCACAAGUUCCUCUGUUUAACAUACUGGCCAAGUUCAGUGGCAGCACAGAGAAGGAAUACAAAACCUACAAGGAGAAUUUCCUCAAAAGGUUCCAGUUGACCAAACUGCCUCCAUAUCUCAUCUUUUGCAUUAAAAGAUUCACCAAGAACAACUUCUUUGUGGAAAAGAACCCCACAAUAGUCAACUUUCCUAUCACGAACGUAGACCUUCGUGAGUACUUGACAGAAGAAGCUCAAGCCACAGAGAAGAACACAACUUAUGACCUUGUCGCCAAUGUGGUGCAUGAUGGAAAACCCACUGAAGGAGCCUACAGAAUACAUGUUCUGCACCAUGGAACUGGGAAAUGGUAUGAGAUGCAAGACCUGCAGGUGAUAGACAUUCUUCCCCAGAUGAUCACUCUGUCAGAAGCAUACAUCCAGAUCUGGAAAAGACAAGGGAGUGACAGUGACACAAACAAUCAUACAACGGUGUAAGUGAGGCAAGGUUUCCACCAGAAUGAUAUUCAAUUGAUUAAAUUUAACAAGAUGUUGACACUGAUGGGAGCAAGUCAUGGCUUUGUCUUUACAGCCACAAAAAAGCAGUGUAAAUGUUUUUGUUUUAUGUUUUUACUGUGGAUGUUUCUAAAUAAAUGAGCUACAUUAUG